UCGAUGUUGGAGAGUAAUGGCGGCGUGCCGGGGAUCCUCGUCGAAAUGGUUUUUCACCCGGGAGCAACUCGAAACCACGCCGUCCCGCCGAUGUGGAGUAGAACCGGACCGGGAACUCUCCUACCGGCAACAAGCGGCGAAUCUGAUCCAAGACAUGGGUCAGAGACUGAACGUCUCUCAAUUAACAAUUAACACAGCCAUUGUUUACAUGCAUAGAUUUUAUAUGCACCACUCUUUCACCAAAUUCCACAGGAAUAUAAUUUCUCCAACCACCUUAUUCUUGGCUGCAAAAGUGGAAGAGCAACCUCGGAAACUCGAACAUGUGAUCAAAGUUGCACAUGCUUGUCUAAAUCCACAAGAACCACCUCUAGACACAAAGAGUAAUGCAUACCUCCAGCAAGCUCAAGAGCUGGUGAUACUUGAAUCCAUAGUGCUGCAGACCCUGGGCUUUGAAAUUACUAUUGAUCACCCACACACUGAUGUGGUGAAAUGUUCCCAGCUAGUGCGAGCAAGCAAGGAUCUGGCACAGACUUCCUAUUUCAUGGCUACCAACAGUCUACACCUCACUACCUUCUGCCUCCAGUACAAGCCCACAGUGAUCUCCUGCGUGUGCAUCCACCUGGCAUGUAAGUGGUCUAACUGGGAGAUCCCAGUUUCCACUGAUGGGAAACACUGGUGGGAGUAUGUGGACAACACUGUCACCCUCGAGCUGCUUGAUGAGUUGACUCACGAGUUUCUGCAGAUCCUGGAGAAGACACCCAGCCGGUUAAAGAGGAUACGCAACUGGAGGGCAACACAAGCUGCUAAAAAGCCCAAGGGUGACAGCACUCAGUUGACUGACAACUCCUUUGUGGGGCCUUCCAUGCUCCAAGAUCAAAGUGACGCCUCCUCCAAUCCAAGUUUUUCCAAAGCUGGCGCUGCCUUCACCGUGCCCAUGCCGGGCCAGUCUGGAGCUGCACCCCUGUCUCUGGACGCCUUGGCUGGCACAUACAAUCCAGGUAGCCACAGUGAGUGGCCCCUGGGCAGCCAGAGCCAAGCAGGCUACCCUUCCGCCUGUAUAAAACAGGAACCCCUCAGCAUCCCUCUCCAAGAGCCCACACUGUCCUUGCAGACUUCCACUUCCUCUUUGCUUCAGCAUCCGCCGGUGUACAGGAGUGAGAAAACACUAGACUUCAUCCCUGUCAAACAGGAACAUAAAGGAGCUGGUGGGAGCGGAGUGGGCAAGCAUCAGCCACCACCACAACCGUCACCUGCUCAGAAGCUCACUCUGGACAAAUACAGAGAGAAACACGCUGCAGAGCUGGCUGUCUCUGGGCAGAAACGUAGUCAGGAACAGCAUGGAGGACUAAUGGAUUGUGAUGGGAGGGGGGAUAUGUUAUCUUCCUCCUCUUCUACCUAUGCACCAUCCUCUACUAACCAAGACCAUAGAAAACAUUCACAGCCCCACCAAACAUCCCAUGGUGGGGGUGGCAGCACUACUGCCUCCCCAAUGAAAAUUAAAGUCCCCUCCUCGUCAACUUCAGGGCAAGAUAGACGUCAUCACAGUGACAAACGGGACAAAGGCUCGCUUAAAGUCCGCCUGGCUGUUCCUGGGUCUGGCAGCAGCUCUCAGCUCGAUAAAAGUGGCCAACCAAGCAAAGAUGAGCUUAAGAUGAAGAUAAAAGUCUCAUCAUCAGAGCGCCACAGCUCAUCAGAUGAAGGCAUGGCGGCCAACAACAACAAGAGUAAACAUUCCAGCCCUCUGGUGAGCAAGGACAAACAUCGUGGAGCAGAUCACAACCUCCAUCGCCACCACAAGCACAGUCACCCUCAUCCACACACACACAGCGGGAAUGGCGGGGGAGGCUUGCUACGGGGUCCUCCAGGACUGGUCAGCAUGGAAGGGACCACGCUUGCUCCUCCGGGAUCCACCUCAUCUUCCUCCUCGUCGCGCAAGAGGGCGUACCCCGAGGCCAGCCACAACCACCACCCUUCCUCCUCAUUCUCCACUUCUUGCUCCAAAGUGGGCAAAAUCUCCAAGGGUGGCACUGGUGCUGCAGGUGGGCUGCGGACCUCUCAGCAGUACCCGCCUCCUACUAGUGAAUCGCCACAUGAAUUGGGAGAGCAGAGACACUGAGUCCACCUCUCUGCAGCCAUGGCCAGCACAUGGAAAUGGCAACAAACUACCCACAGCUCAGACUUUGAAGACUAUGCUCACCUCCCUGUUAAGUGCCCUAGGAAAAUAACUCUUUAUGUCAUAAUAAACCCUUUACUGAAAGGCAGAAAAAUCUAUCUGCAAAAAAAAAAAGUAUUGUCGGACUUCUCAAUUUCUGAGAGACAAGAAUGAUGAAAAAUUAUGCUUCCUGACUGUCGGAUAUCUGGGCUGUGAUGCUCAGUCCUGUCUUUCUGUUAGUGUGUUGAAUUGCUGCUUGGUUCUCCUUCCUCCUCACAUGAGUUUCGGAAUGUGCAAAAGUGGGUGUGAGUGUGUUUUCAUUGGGGGGGAAGUCCUUCCCUACAUUUCAAUUCUCCAUAUGGGAAAACAAAAGUAUUAUAAUUAUUGUUAGCGGCAUGGAAGGUGCACUUUCUUCAUUUUCUUUCUCUAUUUUUUUUUAACGAGUAAUUUAAUUGAAUCACGUUUCAGCGGUUGUAUGAGGAAGCCAGUGGCCAGCUGGAGAUGACUAAGUUAUGUUUGCUGGCAUUCCAUUUAGUACUGUUGAUGGAUGCAAUUUUUUUUAGGUGUAAAGUUUCAUCUCCUCACUUUCUUUCUUGUCUUGAUUUCAUUUUAUACUUGAGUACUGUGCGUAUGAUUUGCAUGUUUCAAUCAUCAAAGGGAUUUAAAAGGAGAACACGUACUUGCUGUUUACAGAAAGUGAGAUAAAUGUACAUACGUUUUUGUAUGUUUAAAGAAAAAAAAGCUAUACCAUGACUACUCAGGUUUGGAGCUGCUUGUAAGUAUAACAAGAUAACUAUAAUACCUAUAAAAGACUUUUAUUUUGUUGAUCAGUGGAUUGGGCAUCGUCGAGUGAAUGAUUGCAGCAUUCCAGUGGUGUGUGCUUCUUACAACCUUCCUACAGGGGGUGCUGUACUGUGCUUUUUCAUCACAGGUAAUAUCAGUUAAUGCCCUCAGUCACACAGGCGCACCCGACACCUACUUAUCACAUCAGAGCGAUGCAAUUUGUACCAAAAAUUAUUUUUUUGGACCUAUAAGUAGACCUUAAGCUGGAUGCCAAAGGUUGUGCCUCAAAAAGAAAAACAAAACUGACAAAGACAGUAGUAGUGUGCUAUUAAAGUUUACAUAACCCUUAUUUUUCCUUUGAAGUGCAUCAGACAUAAUUUCUUAACAUGAAGCUGUAGCUGUUAGAUGUCAGCCCAUAAAGGGGGUACAUGUAAGUAUUAUUUAAUCAGCCAGUAAUCUGGUACUAGGUAUAGAAAAAAAACAAAAAAAAGCAACAGUCAUCAGAACAGUGACCAAUAGGCCAUAUGCAACAUGACCUGUACCUGCAACAUGGAUGGCCCUAAUAGGUUUUGUCACUGAUGUCCUCAUCCAAUUGGCUGCAUUUACAUUUACAGUCAUGUACCUGUCCGGACACAACAUUACAUCAUUUUCAUACAUUAAACUCUAUAUUCUCAAAUCUGGACAUGUCCAUCCCCUCUGUUAUAGACAUUGUUACGUAUUCACGAGUGUGCAAAACACCUAGCAAGCCUGAGGCUGGAUUCUUUGUAUCCUCAUAGGGAUGAACCGUUCCGCGCACAGACCAAAAGCAGCUGCGGACAAAAAAAAAAGCAUAACCCACUCUUUACAUCCUUUUUUUCUUUUCAUUUCAAUAUUAUGAAUAAACUUCAAAGUUGCCACUACCCUGACACAGUA